CCUGGGCACCUUUCACGGUGGGGCUGUGCGAGCCCGGGGGAGCGGAACGAGUCCGUAUGCUGCUGGGCUGUGUGACCUCUAGCAUUAUCACUUCUAGUGAUUCGGGAAAAAAACAAUGCAUUUCUAGUUUAUGACAGUUUUUAUGCCACUAUUAUCAGGAUUAUUUGUAAGUGGGCCUUAGACUUGGGAUCUGGUGUGGGUGUGCAUCCCGCAGAAGCAGGCUGUGGGGCCUGGAGAGGUGGGAAAUGCUGCUCUGACCGUAAGGCACUAGCGUUCAGAACGUACCCGGCACCAAGGCGAUGUGGUCGGCAGAUGAGAUCGCUCAGCUCUGUUACACACACUAUAGCUCCGUGCUCCCGAAGCAGGGGAAGCCAGACCCAAACAGGGAGUGGACUUCCCUGGCAGCCGUUGUCAAAGUGGAGCCAGCAGUGUGCAGAGAGGAUAACGCUAGUCCAGAAAGCUCACAGGUAAACAAGGAAGUUGUUGCUAUGGGGACUGGAACAAAAUGUAUCGGUGAAAACAAAAUGAGAAAAACAGGGGACAUUCUGAAUGACAGUCAUGCUGAAGUUGUGGCCAAGAGGAGCUUCCAGAGGUAUCUUCUCCAUCAGAUGCAGCUGGCAGUUUCCUACCAGCAAGGCAGUAUCUUCAUUCCGGGAACGAAAACUGGAAAAUGGAAACUCAAGCCAAAUAUCGUAUUUAUUUUCUUUUCCAGUCAUACCCCAUGUGGAGAUGCCUCUAUUAUUCCAAUGAGCGAGCCAGAGAGCCAGCUUUCUAAGCCAGUGGUUGCAGAAAAUGCAGAUUUGCCAUCAGCAAAGCGUUGUAGAAACUAUGAGUAUUCGGAUCCAGAAGAUAAAAGGAAAUUAGAGGAAAUGGCAAGUAAUCCUGUAACCAAGAAAAUAAAAACCAUUAAUGAUAGUUGUUUUCCUAUGAUCACCGAAGACCUAGCUGUUCAGCAAGUACCUGGGAAGCAAGCAAGCUUAGAAGACACCAAUCUAAAGAGCCUUGAAUUUUCUGCAGAGGUGCAAAGAACCAAUAAAGAUGCUGGCCUAGGCAGAGCCAACGUAGUCGAUAUUUAUAGAACUGGAGCAAAGUGUGUACCUGGAGUGUUAGGUGAUGUCCGAAAACCUGGAAUAGCGUAUCACUGUGUGGGAUUAUUGCGAGUGAAGCCAGGUCGUGGGGACAGAACAUGCUCCAUGUCCUGCAGUGAUAAAAUAGCUCGCUGGAAUGUACUAGGAUGUCAAGGAGCUCUUCUGAUGCAUUUCUUGCAGUAUCCAGUGUAUCUGUCAGCAAUUGUAGUGGGGAAGUGUCCAUAUAGCCAAGAAGCUAUGCGAAGAGCAAUUAUUGAAAGGUGUCAGCAGAUCUCAUUUUUACCAGAUGGCUUCUUCACUCAGGAGGUUAGACUACUGCAGUCAAAUCUUCAAUUUGAACAUAGUCGCCAGGCAAUCCAGGAAGUUCGAACUAACAGCAAAACAAAACUUGUUCCCUGUGGUGCAGCUAUCAGUUGGAGUUCAGUCCCCGAGCAACCUCUGGAUGUCACCUCAAAUGGCUUCCGUCAGGGAACAACAAAGAAGGGGAUCGGCAGCCAUCAGAGCAGAUCCAAGAUCUGUAAAGUAGAACUCUUCCAUACAUUCCAAAAGCUGGUGACAAGUAUUUCACAGGAUAUUCUUCCAGACACUCUCAGGAUGAAGACUCUUGAAACCUAUUGUGACUAUAAAGAAGCUUCAUUAAAUUAUCAAGAAGCCUGGGAAGUACUGCGUAGCCAAGCCCUGCAGGGCUGGGUCAAGAAUGCCAAGGAAUACCUGCACUUCUCAUGAAAAUAUAUAAGCCCUGGUACGCAGUAGAUACCUCUGCAUUUCAAAAGGCAGGAAAAUAUGUGCUCUAGUUUCUGUGUCUCAGAGAGAUGUGAGCGAAAAGAAAAUCUGUUGAAAAGUCCUUAUUUAUUUGAAGCCCCCUUUUCAUCAUUGUAGACUUAAAAUUCUGACCUACAUAAGGCAAUAUAUCACCAGUGGAAAGGAAGCUGUGAUGUGCCACCCUCUCAUACAUCUGUACUACAUCUGUAGUCUACUGUAAUGGGAGUAAAAGUAACUGAAAUUGCUGUGGAAGAAAGGCUGUCAUUGUAAAACUCUAAUGCUAUUUAUUUCUCCCCCUCUUCCUACUUCUGUGGUUGGUUUUGUGUUGCUGGAACAACCCUAAUCUAUGGUAAGUUUUACUUCUGUAUCUCUUGGCUCUCUUGCUUGGUGCCUGGAAAAAACAUUGUUCCCCCUAGUCCCAUUGCACCUAAGUGGAAGUAUUAGCUCUGUUGAAAGAUAUUUUUUCUUCUUCAUGUAAAUGUCUAUUUCUACAAAUAGCUAGUGAAGCAAAAGA